UAUCUCUGGCAGACGGAGCUAAACUUCCUCUUUCCCGCCCGGCCUCUGCCCCUCCGAUUUGGUGCUCGUGGAACCGACACAGAAUCAGCUCUGGCCCGCCAUCCGUUGGCAGCAGCCUCGCUGCUCGCCUUCCAGCCUCCCGUGCUCGGUGGUCUCGGCCAACUGCCGCAGACACACGACCAGGUGCGCACUGCAGAAGCGCGUCUCUGGAACUCUGCCUCUAGACCCGGCAGGGCCAUUGGCGGUGUCAGUGUCGGCGUCGGUGUUGGUGUUGGUGUUGGUGUCGUGAGUCGGCGCAUCUCUCUACUCGCCUCGGGCCUGAUCACGGCAACUUGGCUGCACAUUUUGGUCAAUUCCGCCGCCACUGGUCUUCUUGUCCAAUUGGGCGUGUGCCUGAACAACCCAUGGCCUGUGGACCCUUUGCUGCCAUUCCUAUUGGCCAAUUCGGCCCAGGUCGGCAAAGCUUCCCUUCUCUCGGCAACCAACACCAUUUCCGCCUCCUCGCCCACUGCCGCCUCAUCCGCUGCUGCUGUCUCCGCGGCCAACGCCAACUCCUCCUCCUCUUCCGUUGUCGCUGCUGCCGCAGCUGCCGCCGCUGCUGCGGCUGCUGUUUCCUCCUCCUCGUCGUCAUCACCAUCCUCGUCGUCGUCAGCCUCCUCUUCAGCCUCCUCAUCUGCCUCUUCCUCCUCCUCCUCCUCUUCCUCCUCCACCGCUGCCGCCUCCUCGUCCUCUUCCUCCGCUUCUUCUUCCUCCUCCUCCUCCUCCUCUUCUUCUUCUUCACUCCACUCUUACUCCGCCUCUCACCUCCUUCUCUUGGUUCGUCUGCCCUUCCACACGUCGCCAUGGCUCUUGAUCUGCCUCACGGGACUAGCCUUCAUCCCGGCCCUCUGCAGUUUUCUUCUGCUCCACGAGUUCGGCCUGGCCCAGUUUCGCCUGGCCAUCAAGCGUCACCAAGUCUACCUCAAACCGGCUCUGAGUCUGGACUUCGCCGGUCAGUCCGGCCGGUCACUGGUCACAUCACCGGUCAUGCAUCAUUAUCAUUUGCCUCCGCCCCAGGUCCACCUCUCGCCGCAACACCAACAGCAGCAGCAGCAGCAACAUCAUCAUCCUCAGCAGCAGCAGCAGCAGCAACAACAGCAACAUCCGCAUCAUGCUCAGCAACACCAGCAACACCAGCAGCAUCAGUACCAACUUCACCUGCAGCAUCAGCACCAACAUUCGGCGGGUCUAAUGCCGAUUCGGCAGAUGAGUCAGACUCCGGAUUUGGUCAACCCGACGAGUCAUCGGUCGGCAAGGCAACCGGGCUCCCCGGGGCCACCGGACGCCGAGGCGCUGGUGGGAGCCCCGGGCGACACGGCGAGCAGCGGAUGCAGUCUGGCCGCGGCCGGCGAGGCCAGUCUGCGAGGAGAGACGACGGAUUGCGGCGCCGAGGCGCCCACAGACCUCUGCCUCUUGCAGACUGCGGGCAGCGGUCUUCUGCCGUCCGGCGAUCAGGGCUCCUCGUUGCACAGCGGCUUCUCAGUCAGUCCGGCCUCGGCGCCGGCCGGUCUCGGCCUAGCCUCGGAGGCCGUUGUCCGACCCGGCCUCGGUCCCGGUUUCCCUCAGCCCGGCAGUCCGCCCACGUCGGCGCGAGACCUGAGCUGGGCCGGGACUCUGAUGGGCGGCAGUGAGUCGCAGACGGGCAGAGGCGCUGCGAGACGCUCCACCGCCUGGUCGGCCCGACUGCAGCGUCACGGUCUCGGCCUGCUCGGUCUCGUCUGCCUAUUGACCGGGAUCGGGCUACAGUUGCCGGUACAGGCCGAGUUCAUGCGAAUGUACUGGGCCGGCGGCGAUCCCCUCUGUCUCGCCGCUCUGCUCAUCUUCGCCGGACACACACUCCUUUGGCUGCUCGCCUGGGUCUCUGUCCUCCUACAGCCCGACUGGCACAUCCGAGUCCCGGCCUCGCUGUUGCUGUCUUCACCGCCGCCGCCGCCGCCGCCGCCGCCGCCGACGGUUGGCCUUCUUCCCAGCCUCGACUGGUCCGAGGGUCCGAGUCCCUCCGGCCCACACGUCGACCAGCCGCUCCAACUGGCCGCCCGGCUGCAUCAACACGUCUACGAUCCGGUCUCCUGGAAGCCGGGCCUCAUGACGACUGUUCGAGGCCCCUUUGCCCAACUGCCCGCGCCCAUGGGCGCCUAUCUGGCCGUGCAAGGCUCGAGUCCCGGCGCCGAAUUUGCGCCCGGAGGCCACAACUUUUACACUUGCUUUCACGAUGUCGGACAACACUUUGACCAACUCCCUUCUCCUCCGCCUCCGCCUCCUCCUCCUCCUCCUCCUCCUCUCCCUCCUCUGCCUCAUCUGCAUCACAAUCAUCAGUAUCAUCCGCACCACCAGCAGCUGAUCGACGAGCAGCUCGCCUACCAGGGCUGCCAUCCGGGGUUGCAGCACAUGUCCAGCCUCGACGCGCUCCAGGCGCCUCCUGCCCUGGCAACAGAAGUGGUUGGGUUGAACGGUGCGGAAAACUACGUCUAUCUGCAUUCUCAACUCUCCUCGUCGCUUCAUCACGGCUUGCCAACGGCCCCCGGCAACGGUUAUCCCCUCGCUGUGGGGACUCGACUCUCCGGCACUCCUCUCCUCUACACCCAGGCCUCGUUCUCCGGCUGUACUCCGCCCCUCCUGUUGCCACCGGCCUCGCGACCGACCAACAAUCCGUCACCGACGCUCUCCGGCCCCAUGGCCCCAGGCGGCCAGGCUCGGCGAUUUGUCUGCAGCCGCCAGUCGACCGGCUCCACUGAGCCCGGCCAUGUUGGUACCCUGACCCUGCCGCGUCGUCUUUUCCGACCGGCUAGUCAGUCUCUGCCGACGUCCAGUUCUGAGGCCAUCUACACAACCUUGGCCAGCCUCAAUUUGGCCCAUUCGACUGGCCGAUCUCAGCCCCAGUCCGUCUGCCCAGGACUGGCCACGUGUUCCGCCGGCCAAUUCGUCUGGCACAACUCCUCCAGUCGACUCGGCGACUCAAACUCCCGCUACCGGGAGCCCUUGGCACCGCCGGUCGUCACGCCAGCCUCGUUGCCGGCCCCAUCUGGUGGUACAGUCGCCAGUCGACUCGUCCGCUCCACCUCGGCCUACGACAGCAGCAGACUUCUGCUUCCACCACCGCCGCCGCCGCCUCCGUCAAAAAGCCCAUCGUCUCUGGCGCCAGCCUCGGCUGAACUCGAGUCUACACCCGGUUCGAGUCCCUUUUGCCCUCUUCGCGCCUAUUUUCCCAUGCCUCGUGUGGUCACCUUCAAGCCGAGCGCCGGUUGCCUCAAUCAGCCACUCCCCGGGACCGAGUCCGUCGCGACUCGGCGACCCGGCAACUUGGAGGGACGCGACAACGUCGACAGACCGACGAUGCUGGCCACGGCCGUCUCGAGCACCGCCUCUUGCCAUCUUCCCGUCUAUCCGCCUCUCAGUCUGACCUACGCGUCGGUGGUGAACAAGUCCCAUCACUCAGUCGGACAACAGCCCGUCUCACAGCACAGUCUCUCUGAUCACCUCCAGCCCAUGUACCAAUUCGAGCGCCAGCACACAUCCACCCUGACGCCAUCCGGCGUGUCGUCAGAACCCGUUGGACACCAGUGCCUGCUGGCCGAGGCCAUGCCAACGCCGUCACAGUCCGGUCUCAUGGCAGAGGAACAGAUGAUGCCGGGCGCCUCGAGUCUGACCUGCACCGGGCACAGCUCAGACGCCUCGCAACGUAGCUCAAAUUUGCCCAGCAACAGUGACAGUGGUUUCGGGUCGGCCACGAAUCAUGCAAAAGAAAAUCAGGUAGAUUUUCCUUUCGCAACCCCACACUAG